AUGAGUGGAGAUAAGUCGUCCGCUAUGGGCGGCAGCCACGACGGUCCAUCCUCUGACAGCGGUUCCGACUAUGACGCCCCUCCUUCGUAUGAAGCUGCGAUUAGCACUGGUUUUCUGGCAGACGCUGCCCGCUCGACAGAUACCGGCCGAGUCGACGUCGACCCAGACUCGAGAAUCUUCAAGACCCUGUCCAGAUUCGUGCCCGAUUUCAAGACCCCACACGAGGAGCUGCUCGAGGGACAAUCCACGGACUUGGCACCAGAGUACGAUGGCCCCGGCUGGAAAUCGGAAGCUGGUCACAGGACCAUUCCGACUGCGCGCCUCAAUAUCGUGAUUCAGGUCGUAGGCAGCCGCGGCGAUGUGCAACCGUUCAUUGCACUGGGUAACGAACUGCAAAGAGAUGGUCACCGUGUACGCCUAGCAACCCACAACACGUUCGAAAAGUUCGUCAUCGAUUCUGGACUCGAAUUUUAUCCCAUCGGGGGAGAUCCAACCGAGCUCAUGGCCUACAUGGUGAAAAACCCUGGACUGAUCCCGAAAAUGGAUAGUCUUCGGGCCGGUGAUAUCCAAAGAAAAAGAGAGAUGGUAGCAGAAAUGCUGGAAGGAUGUUGGUGGUCAUGUAUAAAAGCUGAUCCCAAAUCGGGUGCUCCGUUCGUUGCUAAUGCCAUUAUCGCCAACCCACCGAGUUUUGCCCACAUUCACUGUGCUCAAGCUUUAGGCAUACCCCUCCACUUGAUGUUCACCAUGCCGUGGACCAGCACAAGGAUGUUUUCGCAUCCUCUAGCUAAUCUGAAAAAGAAGAGCAAAGACCAAGGCACCGCCAAUUACGUCUCGUUUACUGUUGUUGAGUGGAUGACUUGGCAAGGACUGGGGGAUAUCGUCAAUGACUGGAGAAAGAGGCGUGACCUGGAGCCUGUUCCGAUGACCGAAGGACCAAAUUUGGCAGAAACUUUGCAGAUACCAUUCACAUAUUGCUGGUCGCCGUCACUGGUUCCCAAACCUUUUGAUUGGCCUGCACAUAUAGACGUCUGCGGCUUUUUCUUCAGGGAUCCGCCACGAUACAACCCUCCCGAUGAACUUAAUCGUUUCUUACGCCAGGGGCCAUCCCCCGUAUACAUCGGCUUUGGCAGCAUUGUCAUAGACAAGCCUGACGAGAUGACGCAGCUGAUUCUUGAAGCUGUCAAAACCGCCGGCGUUCGCGCACUUAUUUCCAAAGGAUGGAGCGGGCUUGGUAAAGAAGAGAGCUCCAAUGAUCAGGUCAUGUACUUGGACGACUGUCCCCAUGAAUGGUUAUUCCAGAACGUUACAGCCGUAGUCCACCAUGGCGGGGCCGGCACUACAGCAUGUGGUCUUCGUUAUGGGAAACCAACUCUUGUAGUGCCGUUCUUUGGCGACCAGCCUUUCUGGGGCGAUAUGAUAGCAGCAGCCGGCGCGGGCCCGGAACCUAUUCCAUACAGAUCGCUCACCAGCGCCAGCCUUGCUGAAGCUAUCCGAUUCUGUUUGCGGCCAGAAGCGCAGACCGCUGCACAAUCUAUAUCAGCCAGCAUGAGUCGUGAACAGGGUGUGAAGGCAGCUGUAGCCUCCUUCUAUGCCAACCUACCAGUCUCAGAUAUGUACUGUGACUUGUUGAAUGAUCAAACGGCUGUAUGGGAAUAUCAACGAAGGGGCAAGCGCCUAAAACUGUCUGGUGUAGCCGCCGAGAUUCUCAUUAGCCGUCUCAAGGUCGAUCGAGACAAGUUGAAGGUAUAUGAGCCCAAGGGAUUUGUUAUCGAGAAUCAGCGCUGGGAUCCCAUAACCGGAACAGCAUCUUCUGUAAUAUCCACUUUUUCUGGCAUGGCUCAGUCAACCGCAGAUAUAUUCGUGAAACCUGCUCAAGUCCGUCGCGUCGGUAGCAGUCCCCAACUUCAAGCUCCUUGCGGGACACAUGAAGCUCAAGACUUCAGAUCGGCUGAAUCCCAUGGAAAAAGUUCGUUCUCAAGUUCCCGCGGUCAAGGCGAUUCAAUGAGCGACAUGGCGUCCGUCAAUGGUCACACCUCAUCCAGACACAAGUCUCAUGGCAGGCAAAACGUGGCUGUGUCAAUGGCCCAUGCAUCUGCCCUAGGUGUUGGUGGAUUCUUCAAGCAUUAUACCAAAGGAGUCUUCGUCGACAUGCCCCUUGCCUUUGCAGAAGGGUCUCGAGCUCUGCCAAAGUUGUAUGGUGAAGAAGUGCGGGAUUAUGGGACCGUUAAGGACUGGAAAUCAGGGUUCGUCAAGUCAGGUAAAACUCUGACCCUCGGCAUCGGGGAAGGUUUCGCAGAUCUCAUUGUUCAACCAUACAAGGGUGUGAAGCAGAAGGGUGCUGUUGGAGGGAUCACGGGGAUCGGCAAGGGCGUGUUGAGUUUCUCUUCCAAUGUUUCAUCUGCGGCCAUGGGUAUUGUAGCAUACCCAAGUCUUGGUAUCUACAAAAGUAUCCGCUCCACGUUCAGGGACAAGACUAGACUUGCAAUCGCGCAGGCUAGACACGAAGAAGGACGCUUUGUACUCCAGGGAAUGGGUGAUGAGAGUCCGGGUGUCAAAAUUGUGCUAGAUCAGUUCUCAAACUUCACAUUAUACAAGUAA